CGAUUCCGAGAGAGAGAGAGAGAGAGAGAGAGAUAGCGGAAGACGAUGGCUUUGACGGUGGCAAAGAGUGCGUUGGAGUCGAUUAGAGAGAAAGGUCUCGGCGGUUUCAUGAGGAUGCUGCGAGAAGAAGGCUUCGUGAGAUGUCUAAAAGAUGGGAACCUCUUGCAAACUAAGAUACACAACAUAGGAGCAACACUUGUUGGCGUUGACAAGUUCGGUAACAAAUACUACCAGAAGCUGGGUGAUACACAAUACGGUAGGCACAGAUGGGUAGAGUAUGCUGCAAAGUAUCGUUACAACGCAUCUCAAGUACCAGCUGAAUGGCAUGGGUGGCUUCAUUUCAUCACUGAUCACACUGGGGAUGAGCUGUUGAGUUUGAAACCAAAAAGGUAUGGGCUUGAGCACAAAGAGAACUUCUCUGGAGAAGGUGAUGAAUACAUUUACCAUUCGAAGGGACAUGCCUUGAACCCUGGGCAAAAGAACUGGACUCGAUACCAAUCAUGGGUACCCACUAAGACUCAGUAAGAAGACGAGAUCUGGUUGAUGCUUUGUGAGAGAUAUUCUCUCGAGGGAUUUGUUGUUUCUGUGUCUUUUUAAUAAAAGCUGUUUGGAUCUAAAGCUGAACAAUUAAAAAUGUGUUUUGGAUUUGGAAUUGUAAUUGACGCUGCUUAAUAAUUUUCUGAUCCUCAUGUUUCUUCACCUCUGGAUAGGAAAUAUUAAUAUAUUUUCUCGUGUA